AUGGAUUAUGAUCCAUAUAAAACACAGACAUCAAAUUUUGUUGACCUUCUCAAUAGUCAACAAGACGUUGUGUUUGGUUUAGGGGAAGAUAGUGUCCGUGUUUCUUCAUCACAGGUUCCUCACUUUGGUGAGAUUCCUGUAGAGCGUAAAGAAAGAAGAACCUGGACGCCUACAGACGAUCAAGUGCUCAUAUCCUCUUGGUUAAACACAAGUAAAGAUCCGGUGGUAGGGAACGAGCAACGAUCCGGAGCUUUUUGGCAGAGAAUUGCCGCGUACUUCGCAGCAUCACCAAAGAUUGCAGUUAGUGAAAGAAGGGAGGCCGGUCACUGCAAGCAACGUUGGCACAAGAUCAAUGAUCUUGUAGGGAAGUUCUGUGGCGCGUUCGAAGCUGCAAGCAGAGAGAGAACCAGCGGGCAAAACGAUAACGACGUUCUCAAGCUAGCGCAUGAGAUCUUCUUCAACAAUCACAACAAGAAGUUCACUCUAGAACAUGCGUGGAAGGAGCUUCGAAACGAUCAGAAAUGGUGUGACCUGUCAACUUCUACUUGUAGUAGGGUCUGUCUUGUAGUAGUCACGGGAGUGUGUUUUUACGUUUGA